GUCCAGUUUUCGAACCAAAAGAAGCCAAUGUUUUACUAAAAAAUCUGUUACCUGGAUACAUAAACAGGAAAAAAAAACAAAACACAAAAAAAAAACCUCACAAAAAAUGGCUUCUUUUCUUCACCAUCAUCAGUAUCAUCAUCCUCUUAUUGUUCUUCACUCUUCAACCAAAUUAUCUUCCACAAAAUCACUGUUUUUCAACAAAUAUUCAGAUUCCCACUUCAGAAAAUCUCUAAACUUCAAAACCCAUGUCCCCAAAGUUCCUUUCACUGUGGCAUUUGCUCUCACUCAAUCAGAUUCCCCCAAAUCGUCUAAUCCUGACCCUCAAACCCUUCUUCAAGAAUUGGCGGAUAAUUUGGAUUUGCCAUCUGAUUACUUUGCUAAGCUUCCUAGGGACCUUCGUCUAGAUCUCAAUGAUGCCGCGUUUGAUCUUUCAAAUGGAGCAGUUCUUGAUGAGUGUGGCCAAGAACUGGGGGAGACAUUGUUGAAUUUGGCUCGGGCAUGGGAAUCAGCUGAUACUUCAACUUCUUCCUCUUUGGCGAAGACGCUCCCUUUGUUGGUGACUUCUUUGACUGAAAAUGCCAAAUCUGCUUUUGGUAAGCGAUUGCAGUCUGCUGGAAGAAGAUUUAAAUCGAUGGGACAGUAUGGUCAAGGUGAAUUAGAAAAGAUUGCAAAUUCAAUGAUCUCUGCUGGGAAGCUUUUAUCUGCAACAGCGGUGCCUACAUCAACCGAGGAACGCCCAGAAGAUGAAAGUCGGACUUUCAAGUUUGGAGCACUUCAGGUCGAACUGACACGUGAAAAGGCGAUUAUAGGUGCAGUUAUCGCUGUUAUUUUUGGGACCCUAUCAUGGAAAAUAAGUCAAGGAAUUCAAAGCGUAGCAGAUGAUUCUUUGCAAUAUGCAAAUGAUAAUGCUUUGCUGCUGGCACAGUCUCUGAGGACAUCUCUGAUUGUAAUGUUCUAUACAUCGACUUUGUUGUCUGGGUUUGCUGCAGUUGGGUUGGUCUUGCUCUCAAGACAACUCAAGUCAAAGAACGACUGAGAAUUGAUGUUCUCGUCUGUUUUCCCACCUGGUGGCUGGCUACUUAUUCAAGUAAUCAAGUGUAAGUAUUUAGUAUUCUGUAAAAAUAGGCUUUCCCAUUAUUUUCCUAUACCUCUUCGGCUAUUUGGUUUCUUUGUUGUUUAACAAUGGCCCAUUUCCAAGUAAUUGAAGAGGAGAAUGGUGGUUACUAGCUAAUCAAACACGGAAGUCUGAAAUACAAAGAUGAGUUUUUUUCUUUGUU